AUGUAUGACUAUAUGUACAAUUGCCGGCACCUUUUUAAAGGCAAAUUGCUGGAUAUCGGUUUUCCGGCUAUCGGAGAGAAAAUGAAGCUCGUACGGCAAAUGGCAAAGAAAUUCUAUAAGGAAACGAAGCAGCGUGGUGCGAUCCAGGUGGGCUUCAUGAUCAGCAAGGACCUUGAACUGAUGUCGCAGAACGGAACAUUCUACGAUGUGCUCGAUGGCGUCAUUGUCAAAAUGAACCCCAUUCGUCCGUGCCGAGAUUUGUGUUGCGUGAACCUUCGCCCUGGAGACGGGGACUCGAUCGAAAUGAUUCAAGACCUUGAACUGAUGUCGCAGAACGGAACAUUCUACGAUGUGCUCGAUGGCGUCAUUGUUAAAAUGAACUCCAUUCGCCCGUGCCGAGAUUUGUGUUGCGUGAACCUUCGUCCUGGAGACGGGGACUCGAUCGAAAUGUUUCAAGUAAGCUGCGUGUAUGCUCGAGCGCCCAACUUCAUCUGCCAAAAACAAGGAAAAAUCAAAGCUAAAGGACAGUGA